AUGGUUACAUGUGAUAAUUUUCCAGAAUGGAAAGAUAUAAUAAUAUCAAAAUUAGAAUUUAUGUUAACAGAAAACUUUGACGAUUUAAGGGAAAAUACUAACGAAUGUCUGUUAUUAAUUAAAUCAUUUAUUGAUAUAAUAGAAAACAAAGAUAUACCAAGUAUUAGUAUUUCAUUUACAGAUGACAUCACUGAGAUAGGAUGUAUUAUGAAUGAAUGUUAUAAUUACUAUAACAGUUUACUAAAUGACAAUAAUAUUGAAUAUCCUUUAAGAAUAUUUCCCAUAGUUGAAGAAUCAUCAACAUUUCAAAAAUUGUAUGGUAGAUUAAUUUGUGAUUUAAAAUUAUUAUAA